UAAUCCUGCGCGUCGCCAUCAUCGGGCCCCCUAUCUCUGCACUCUGCCUCGUUCUCACCCAUUUGUGGAUUUCUUAUUCAGCCACGGCCUUACCAUUCUUUCUUCUUCCUCCUCCUCCAUUGCACACCAUACACACAGACAGACACCUCCAGUCACAAACCAGACCACAGAGGCGAGUAACUGAGUAACCAUGGCAGGGCUGCAGCGAUCUUCACAAACUUUCAGGAGGUCCGGCUCCUCAGGCCUGGUCUGGGACGAGAGGCUCAUGUCUUCAAAGGACGGCUACCAGGGGGAGCCAGAGGGUGGAGCCACGGAGUUCAAGGAGCUCAGGCACUCCCGCAGCGUCGGCUCAGUUGGGCUCCUGCAGCGCAGGCGCAACGACGGCGCGGAGCACAGGCGGCGACGCAACGACGACGGCAACCAGGGGUUCCAUACCCGGCGUGUAGCCCCAGCUCUGGACCCGCCUUCACCCAAGGUUCCUGGCUGCAUCUUCUGUGGGAUCUUCAGGAAGGCUGGAGCUUCAGAGCCAUCCAAGCCCCGAAGGUACUAAGGUGAUGUAAAUUCUUCAAGUCUAUCAGUCAGUUUCUCUUGAGCCUGCAGAAGUUCAAGUCAUGUGUGGAUGCUAGAAUAUGAGAUGUACAAUUGUAGUUUGGACAGGUUGUGAGCUUCUCCUCCUUCCUAUAUUCUUGAAUACAGGAAACUGUAUUCUUGAGUGACUGUCUUUCAUCAUGUACAUGAUAGAGUAUGUGCAUCUCUUUGUAGCAUACAGUAUAUAUAUGUAAACGGCUACACGCCCAUGUACAUGAACAUAAAUACAUGAUGCUCUUGCUUGACCUUGUUUC